UUCAGGAACACGCCCCGGCUCUCCCCGUGCAGCCUCCUCCACUCAGAAGCACCACAGCAAGCUCCACGCGUCCUCACCGCCACACACUGUUCCGCGGGGUGCUGGAGGAGGGCGCUCCGGUUUCAGGUGGACUUCAGAGCGGCUUCCUAUUUACCUCAACAGUCCCGCGAAAGAGAAAAGGUACCGACCUCCUCCGGCGGGACGCCUUGUGAGUCUUGAGUCUGUUUCCUUUUUUGCGCACCUGGCUAUCGGAGCUGAACAUCCGAGCUGAAGGGGGGGACUCUUCACUUCCCCACCUGCUGUGUUAAACCAGAGCGCACACACACUCACGCCUCCAGGGGGGAGAUGCGGAGAGGCUCUCUGAUCUCCGCUUCAUCCCGGCUGCUCCUCCUGAGUGUCCGGAUGGAAGGGUAGCCGCCGUGUCCGGAGGUGGAAGCCGAACAGAUGCUGGAUCUGAGUGUGUGUGCAUAAAGAAGUAAUCAUCACCUCUGGCAGUCAUGAGGAAUAGAGGGCUGAAGACGCAGUCCUGAAGAUUGAUGGAGGGCCAUGCUAUUCAAACAGCAGGCACUGCUGAGACAGAAGCUCUUCGUUCUGGGCAGCCUCGCUAUCGGAAGUGUCCUCUAUCUGGUGGCCAGGGUUGGGACCUUGGAUAGGCUUCAGCCCAUUUGCCCCAUUGAGAGCAGACUGCCCCCUCCUGAGCCGGAGCAGAUCCCUCUCCGAACCCUGCAGUUUAAACGUGGCCUGCUCCACGAACUCCGCAAGGGCAAUGCUACCAAAGAGCAAAUCCGCUUGCACAACCUGGUCCAGCAGCUACCUCGGGCCAUCAUCAUCGGGGUGCGUAAGGGGGGCACGCGAGCCCUGCUGGAGAUGCUCAACCUGCACCCGGCCGUGGUCAAGGCCUCGCAGGAGAUCCACUUCUUUGACAACGACAAAAACUACGCCCGGGGCAUCGACUGGUACCGGGAGAAGAUGCCCUUCUCCUUCCCUCAUCAGAUCACCAUUGAGAAGAGCCCUGCCUACUUCAUCACAGAGGAGGUCCCUGAACGCAUCUUCAAGAUGAACUCCUCCAUCAAGCUGCUGAUCAUUGUCCGCGAGCCCACCACCAGAGCCGUGUCCGACUACACGCAAGUCCUGGAGGGCAAGGAGCGCAAGAACAAGACCUACCAUAAGUUUGAGAAGCUGGCCAUCGACUCCAACACCUGCGAGGUGAACACAAAGUACAAAGCGGUGCGGACCAGCAUCUACACCAAACAUUUGGAGCGCUGGCUCAAGUACUUUCCCGUGGAGCAGUUCCACAUCGUGGACGGGGACCGCCUCAUCACGGACCCGCUGCCGGAGCUGCAGCUGGUCGAACGCUUCCUCAACCUCCCCUCGAGGAUUAGCCAGUACAACCUGUACUUCAACGCCACCAGAGGAUUUUACUGUCUGCGAUUUAACAUUGUCUUCAACAAGUGCCUGGCAGGCAGCAAGGGCCGCAUCCACCCGGAGGUGGACCUGUCAGUGGUGACCAAACUGCAGAAGUUCUUCCACCCCUUCAAUCAGAAGUUUUAUCAGAUCACCGGUAGGACAUUCAACUGGCCAUGACGACAUCUGGACUCCUCCAGUCGGAGUCCAUGGUUUGGUGGUGUUGUUUUUUUAAACGCCAAGCUACAAAUCUCAGCAGAUAUUAAUAGCACUUUGAUUGAAUUUAAUACAAGAAUGACAAUGUGACCAAAUAUAAAAAAGGAACCAGAUGUAAGGUUGUUUUUAACGUGUGUAAAACUACAAACAAAACAGUUAACGGUUUGACUAAGAGGGUCACUUUAAAGCACUUGAUAUUUGAAAAUGAAUUCACCUGUCUGUCAGUGUUCCCAUGAAGAGCUGAGCUGUGUGAUUAACUACAGAGAUUAUUUUUGUCCAUCAGACACCAACAUUCAUGCUGUUAAGAAAAGCUUUAAGUGUGAUGCUUUGGUCAUGAUAAAAGACGACAAAAAAACGACGUUUUAUGAAUAAAACUGUUCAUUUUCUCCCCAUUAUGUUUCGUAGACCAAAACUGCAUGUGCAAUCAAUACACCAUUACAGCGUUGUAGACUCAUGUAUUAGUAAUUUCAGUUGGCUCUUCAUUCAGUUACUUUUGAACACGUUUCAUUUGAAUUCAUGCUGAAAUUAAUCCAUUAGAUGGUGACCUCCCAAAACCCAAUCCUGAAGAUCAGAACAGGCUGAUUCUGUUUUCAAGCCCGACUCCAUUUACAAAAGCUUUAAAGCAUUUAAAGACUUGAGCUUGUGUUGUUAAUGUAAGUAUGUCUUUUCCUUGACACUUAAGGUUUAAGUAUACUUGCUUUUGAACCACGCGUAUGCACAGACAACUGGCUGCGUCGUGAAAGUAAAUGUUUGCAUACUUGCCUAUGUACAACGCGUGUUAAGCCAGCCACAAAUUACACAGUUUGAGGCAUAACAACCAGGGGGGCAUGGCCGAUCGAAGUUGGAUCCUCCUUGAUCUGGAAUCACAAAUAUCAAACAUUUUUAAAAUGUACGAUUCCUGGUCAGACGGCCUCUGACAGAAUACAUAAAGCAGCCAAUGAGAACAAGCAGACUUGGAAGCGUCACCAACCUGAUGUUGCGCACUCUGACAACUCACCCUCAGCUCGCGCUGCAAAUCGUAUAAAGUGGCACAUAAUCCGGAUUCUUAGCCAGGAUUUUACCCGUAUUGUUUUUCUCAUUUUCCUGCAAAACAGAACACAUAGCAGGACAGCUAGCUGACGAUGUUGAUUGUCCUCCAUAUUUGUUUUUCUUCUGAAGUCACAUUUAAUAAUGCGAGUUUCUGUGAGAUCUCGUGUUUGUCGUCUGCGUUCAGAGGAUUAUCAUAUAAAAAAUCGGAAAUUAAAUGAAACUGUCCUUUAUGCCUGUGGUCGCCACAAGAUUUGAAAAUCGUCUCGUGUGUGGCUAACUUUACUGGAGGAUUCCUCUGGAGGGAAAACCCACAUAAAACAGACUGCGUAAAACGCUGAAGCAGAAAUUCUGGAUUUGCAUGGAGUAAUGUUAACGAACAUGGUGACAUUCAAGGAGGUUUAUCCAAUGUUCAGGCAGGUAGUUGCGGCCUAGAUCUAUUACAUUUUCUUCAAAACUUUCUGGCAUUCUUGUAGCAGCUAUCUGGUCUCACAUCCAGUCCAAUCACCUUACAACCCUACACUGCUCCCAGUGGUUCUUUGCAUACUAAUUUC